AUGGCGGCGCUCCUAGCCCGGCAGGCAGCGCAGGCGCUCCGCGCGAGGCAGACGGCGCAGCUCGGGCCGGCCGCGUCGGCGAUGCAGGGGCACCUCCGUACCUACAUGAACGCGGGGAUUCCCAAGCGGUUCAAAGAGGAUGAGGAGAAAGAACAGCUUGCAAAAGAUGUCGCAAAAGAUUGGAAUGCUGUCUUUGAAAGGAGCAUCAAUACAUUGUUUUUAACUGAAAUGGUCCGUGGCUUGAUGCUAACUCUCAAGUACUUCUUCGAUAGAAACGUUACAAUUAACUAUCCAUUUGAGAAGGGUCCUCUGAGUCCCCGCUUCCGUGGUGAGCACGCUCUCAGACGUUACGAAUCUGGGGAAGAGCGUUGCAUUGCUUGUAAACUAUGUGAAGCUAUAUGCCCAGCUCAGGCAAUUACAAUUGAGGCAGAAGAACGUGAAGACGGCAGUCGCCCGAACCACAAGGCUUGCCCAGUCGAUGCUAUUGUUGAGGGGCCUAACUUUGAGUUUGCUACCGAGACACACGAGGAAUUACUGUACGACAAGGAGAAAUUGCUUGAGAAUGGUGAUCGCUGGGAGACUGAGAUUGCUGAGAACUUGAGAUCUGAGAGCCUUUAUCGCUGA